GCGAAUCCUCUGCUUGCCCCUCCACCGCUCAUUUCGGAUUUUCGUUCGUCGCUCGUGUUGAUGGUUAAAGUCGCAAGCAGGCAGAAAUGUAUGUCGCGUUUGUCGUCGUGUUGUGUGUGCGGUGAGUUGAGGAUGUAACAGGUGAAAAUUGCGAAGUGCAUACAGCAAUCGUCGUCCGAAUUUGGAGGAGCAUCCACGCGUUUCCCAGUGGUCGGCGCCCGAGCAUCAUGCAGUAAAAACUCGCUCGACUGCGAGGCGCCACACUUGAUUUUUAUUUUCGUGCUGGCGUUGCCGUUGUUGUUGUGUUGAGAGCCGAGCAGCUACAAGGCACUUCAUAAAUCCAAGAUGGCAGACUCAAGUUACUACCAGGGCACAUUUUGGCACCCGGAACUAUACCAGCUGGGUCACAAAUACGGAGUGCCAGGCUCAGGAGAUGCAGCUGGCGAAGAGACGACUUGCCACUCCGCGUCCAAGCAGCUGGAGGAAAUCAAAGAGGCUAUCCGCCGAGAAAUUCGCAAGGAACUGAAGAUUAAGGAAGGCGCAGAGAAGUUGCGAGAAGUGGCCAAGGAUCGCAAGAGUUUGAACGAGGUGUCCUACCUUGUGAAAAAUGCCAACACCAAGCUGGCUGAGUUGCAAGCAGAAUUGCAGGAGCUGGAGUCACAGAUCAUUCUCACUCAGUGCAGGGAAAACGUUGAACCAUCGUCCACGCCAACGCAGCUCAACGGCCAACAUGACUCAUCCAUGGUUACUUCCCCCGUAGCUGGUCGCAAUGCGAGUACGGAUAACUCGCAGGAUCUACGGCUUGGACCACUGGAGCGGCAGCUAAACAUCGAACUUAAGGUCAAGCAUGGCGCAGAAAACAUGAUAGAAAGCUUCAGCAAGGGGAACUCUAAAGACAAAAAGAUGCUGGCUGAGGCGCAGCAGAUGUUGGCUGAUUCAAAGGCGAAAAUCGAAUACCUGAAAAUGAGAAUGGCUAAGGUGAAGCAAAGCUCGAGAUGCUCUGAAGGCCUGUCCAACAAUGGAGAACAUAUAACUAAAGAGCACUCCUCUAGUUUGGAGCCACCUGGACUGGAAGAGCGCGUUCAGGAGCUGCGACACAGACUGCGCAUUGAAGCGGCCGUCGUGGAAGGUGCCAAAAAUGUGAUCAGACUCCUCCAGAGUCACUCAAAAGUACCGGACAAAAAGCAGCUUCAAGAGGCACAGGCAAAUUGCGAAGAGUCAAGUAAAAAGAUCGAUUUGCUUCGCUUGUCCCUGGACCUGAGAAGACAAGAACUUCCUCCAGACUCCAACGCCGCUAUGCUUCUAAAGAGAGAAUUGCAGAGCGUACAGGCUUCAAGUCCCGUGCCAGUGACCUACACCUACAUACCGCCCUUCCAGGGGGCGCAGCCAGCGCGUGCCAUGACAACAACACAAAUGAACCGGUGCGCAGCUGUCACUGGAAAGCUUGAAGUUCGGCUAAUGGGCUGCCAGGACCUUUUGGAAGAAGUCCCUGGCCGCUCUAAGCGUGACAAGGAUUCGCUCUCAAGCCCCAGCGAAUCGUGGUUCAAAGGGGUUACUGGCAGAGGCUCUAGCAAGUCUUACAGUGUGAAGGACGAAACUAGCAAUGAGAUCAUGGCCAUUCUUAAGCUGGACCACCAAACAGUUGCUCAGACCAGUUGGAAGCCCUGCUCUCAACAGGCGUGGGAUCAAAGAUUCAGCAUAGAACUGGACAAGUCUCGAGAGUUGGAAAUCAGCAUAUUUUGGAGGGACUGGCGCUCGCUAUGUGCAAUCAAAACCCUGCGCUUGGAAGACUUCAUCGACGACGAACGUCACGGGAUGGCUCUACAGUUGGAGCCUCAAGGCUUGCUGUUUGCUGAAAUCAAGUUCUUGAACCCCAUGAUUUCGAGGAAGCCUCGUCUGCAGCGGCAGAAAAAGAUCUUCAAGGCUCAAGGCAAGAACCUGUCGCGGCACACACAGAUGAACAUCAACGUGGCCACCUGGGGCCGUCUACGUAAGAGGUCUUCGUCGCCCGCCAUGCCGCAACCACCUCCGCAGCAGGAUGACGAAUUGCGUCCACACGGAGAAAGGUUGGGACCACUUGUUUUGAAUCUACCUCAGCCAGAAGAUGACAAAGCUGAAGCUCCUGGAGAGCUUCCAGACCCAGCCGCCUGUGGACUAACUGGUGCAAGGCCUCUUGGCCUGGCUGAGAGUUUGGCCAGCAUAUCAAUCAUGCCAGCCCAACCGCAGCCAGAGAGUCCGCCACCCCCUCUGGUGCCAAAGAGCAAGUGGGUGCCAGCGCCAACAGUGCCGCCACCACCACCUCCAAGGCUUGAUGUUGAGAGUGCACUCAGGGAAUUUGACUUCCUGCAAGACGAGCCACUCAAGGCCGAGGUCCAAGUUAUCCAGGCCCCUCAGCCUGCCCCCAGGCAAAACAGAAACCCUCAACCUCCUCCGCCGCAGCCGGAGCCGAGACCUCGCCAGCAGUCGCCGCAGCCCAUAGUAGAGUUCCCUGACGAGCUCGAGCCUCCCCAGGUGGUCAGACGGCCUGUGGCCAGAGGCCCCGACAGAGACAGCGCCUAUGAGUCUCGCAGGCACUCACAGUUUACUGGAAUGUCACUCGACCACUUCAGACUCAUCAGCGUCUUGGGAAGAGGACACUUUGGAAAGGUCAUUCUCUCGCAAUAUCGAAACACCGGCGAGUAUUUUGCCAUCAAGGCAUUGAAGAAGGGCGAUAUCAUAGCCCGCGAUGAAGUCGAAUCCCUGUUGGCUGAGAAGCGAAUCUUCGAAGUAGCCAACGCCCAAAGACACCCGUUCCUUGUCAACCUGUUUUCAUGCUUCCAAACGGAGAAUCACGUGUGCUUCGUUAUGGAGUAUGCUGCCGGCGGCGAUUUAAUGAUGCAUAUUCAUGCAGACGUCUUUUCUGAGCCAAGGGCUGUGUUCUACGCAGCGUGUGUUGUGCUGGGCCUUCAGUAUCUGCACCAAAGUAGAAUCAUCUACAGAGAUCUCAAACUGGACAAUUUGCUCCUGGACACCGAAGGCUACGUAAAAAUAGCUGAUUUUGGUCUGUGCAAAGAAGGCAUGGGCUUCGGGGAUAGGACUGGAACCUUCUGCGGAACUCCUGAGUUCCUCGCCCCUGAAGUACUCACGGAAACUUCUUACACAAGGGCCGUCGACUGGUGGGGUCUCGGAGUGUUGAUAUUUGAGAUGCUAGUAGGAGAAUCUCCUUUCCCAGGUGAUGACGAGGAAGAAGUAUUUGACAGCAUUGUCAAUGAUGAAGUUCGCUACCCUAGAUUCUUGACCUUGGAGGCCAUCGCUAUCAUGAGAAGGCUCUUGAGAAAGAAUCCAGACAGGCGUUUGGGAUCCAGUGAAAGAGAUGCAGAGGAUGUAAAGAAACAGGCCUUUUUCAGAAGCAUUCAAUGGGAAGAAUUGCUUCAUCGACGAGUCAAACCACCAUUUGUUCCAACUGUGCAUUCGCUAGAGGACGUGAGCAACUUUGACGAAGAAUUCACACAAGAAAAGCCCCAACUGACGCCACCUAAGGAACCAAGGCCUCUCACCGAAGAAGAGCAGGCCUGUUUCCGUGAUUUUACCUACAUGGCAGACUGGUGCUGAUACCAUCAGGAAGAAACCAAGUCACUUAAAACUAACUUAUCAAGAGACAGCUCUAAUUUAAGUAUGCAAAUAGAUAACCAAGAACUAGAAGCCAAGUGCGAUUGUCUUGCUAGAGUGCCUUUAGAAACACUUGAUCCAUUGUGAUGACCAACGAGAAACGCCCUAACCGUCCUGUAAAAGUGCUCUCUACUCUUCUGUUUUCUAUCCUCUGUCACUUUUUUCCCAGUAUUUCUGAUAGCAACACAAAAAAUUGGUCAAAUGAUAUAACACACAUGCUCAAUGUUGAAUUUGCCUGGAUGUAGCUGCAGCUUUUGUUGCGAAUGUUCUGUCAAUGUGCAGGCACCUCUAACUUAAAUUUAGCCGCAAUUCUCAAGUUCUCAAGUAGGCAAGAAUUCCGGCAAAAUUGCUGGUGCCUCUUGGCUGAACGUUAUGUGGGGUUGAUGGAAAAAAUAUAUAUUUGCGUGUUAUGCUCAUUAUACAUUUAAUAACCGCAGCUUAAAGUUGUUUGUUUUUAAUAAUAGAUAGCAGCACAAUGAGUUUUAACUUGUGUUGGAUGCUGCUGUCACCCCGUGAAUCAAGAAUUUAUCAAAUGAGCCAAACCACAUGUGGUGCUUGUGCUCACCUGUUUGCAUGUUGUCCUGUUGUUUGUCUGGUGCCUUUUGAUAAACUGAACCAGUGUCUUAUUGAGCCCUGAAUUUUGUGUAAAUAUCUCGGAUCGCAGGCUAGGCUACGGCUUAAAUUGAAUAACGCUAAUUUUAUAGAAAGAGGAAAGAAAUGAAAUAAAGUUAGGGCUUUCACAUUCAUACAAUUAUUUCAGCUUUUUGUGAUUAUAGAUUUGUAAUUAAACAAUUAAUCAAUUAACUUUUCCUUCAGUUAGAGCGCCAAUUUUCUUAAAAUACCUGUAAAUUAUGUUGUAUGUUAAAAUAUUGAAUUGAUUGAUUAAUUUUAUUCUUUAAAGUGUUUUGAAUCAAAAUUUAGGAGUUGAUCUUAUCAAACUCUACCAAUCGUGUGCAAGUUGAUGACACUGUUUUUUUCAGUCUAGUACUGUGCAUAAUACUAUUAUUAUUGAUGUAAUUGGCAGCUUUUGGUUGAAUUUCUCUACGCGGCCACCAAUAAUUAGAAGAUGUUAUUUGCAAGUUCUGUAUUAAAUGAUACACUCAAACAUCUGCACGCAUCCCUGUGAAGAGGCAGAAAUCGACGUGUGCUGUCAAUUAAUGCAUCAUGCCAUUUAAAGAAGCAAUCUUUUGUAAAAAAAUACGUGAGGUAAUUUUAACAUAAUAAAAUGCAAAGCCAUCUAUAACUAGAACAA